GGGCGCCACAUGCCCCUCUUAUCUGUUGGAGUUGUGUCGAAUAUUGUGUACAAGGUAGGUUACAGUUGGAGUAUGAGUUAUAUUGUGUUUACAUAGGAUGUGAAGUCGUGUCCUAGUAGGACACUUGUAUCCUAGGCCUCUCAUAUAUAGCGGGGGUAGACACAUGAUGUAACAUAUGCCAAUAUAAUAGCACAUGAACGCAGGGGAAGCCGGCGGCAUGUGCCGGCGUCCAGGGCGACCUGGUGCGGUAUUGUAGCGGUGUCAUGGGGAGGAGCGCCCAUAGUUAGGCCCCGGGGAUGUGGCCAUAUCGGUGAACCUCAUUAACAAAUUUCGGUGUCAUGCUUGUGUGAUUGCUUGGUCUUCGGAUGAUCGACGGUAAUGCCUCGGAUUUAUUCUAACAUUAUCUUUGGACCAUCCUACUGAAACGAUGGUCGAGGCUUACUAUCGGGUGCCAGUAUGAGUGACCACGCAUGCCAUACAGUUUGAUUGAUUGGUGUUGACCCUAAUAAUAAUAACAAUACAAAUAUACAGUGCAUCUUUUGCAUAUACUAUGUUGCUAGACGAAACAUUGCUAAAGUAAGUGACCUUAGCUAAUUGCUAUAUUAUCAACUAAUGCAGUUCCCUGAUGUGAACACCGUCGAAGAAGCGGUGCAAAGUAUAACCCAUUAUCUAGAGGAUACGACCAUUACCGCACACAAGGCCAUCUAUUUUGAUGGAUGGAAUGGGUUGGCUUCUUCGGCGGUGCUUAGAGCCAUAGCUGAAAACCCUCUGCCAUCUCUACUGAAGAAAUUCAACAAGAUCAUCCACGUCGAUUGCUCGAGGUGGAAAAGCCGAAGAUCACUCCAGAGGACAAUCACACAAGAGCUAAAGCUUCCUCAGCGGGUAAUGGAUAUUUUAGACAGGCAAGAUGAAGAAAAUGAUUUCAGAGAAAUAGAAUCAAGCUCCAGAGCUGAGAUACAAGACGUUGCGGCAGAGAUUUACCAGGCCUUAAUACAGCACAAAUAUUUAGUGGUCUUCCAUAAUGGGAGCGACAACACAAUUGACUUCAAUAAUUUUGGCAUUCCCCAGCCAGAUCGUUGGUCUGCUAAAUAAGUCUUGUGGACAUUUCGAGGAAGGCUUUGCCUCAACUCACAAAUAAGUGAAAAAGGUGGAUAAGUCCCAUCUUUUUGUUUAUGAUUGGGUGACACCUUACAAAUACGAUUCUUUGUUGAAAGAAGAGGCAAGAGAAAUUGUUGGGUACGCAGACAAUCUUGGUGAAGCAGUUGAAGAGUGUUGCUUGUAUCUGCUAUCAUUAAAUUAUCAGGGAGGCAACAUCAUGGACUACAACUGGGCUACCCAUGCUUCGAGCUAUUGGGUCUGCGAUGGGAUUAUACAAGGUGAUGAAGCAUGGGAGGUUGCUGUUGCUCUGCAUCAACAAAUAAAUAUGGAGGAUUAUUCAUCUAAUGCACUGCCCUCCUUUGGUGAUAAAUUGAGGACUCCUCCGGAACGAUGGAUAUUGGCCAAGGACAGCUCUGUUGUGCAGCCAGAGUCAACGUCAUUCUUCCUCGCUGCAGCCGCAAGCGAGUCUGAUCCUCCAUUAAGACCAUUACCUAAUGAAAUGUUCCAUCAAUCGGGAAAACUUCAUGUUCUCAAGUUAUGCCGCUGCACCUUCAGUUUUUUUGCACCUCCUUUCUGUUGUUGCCACAACUUAAGGUUCCUUGGAUUAGAUGGCUGCAAGGAUCAGCGAGUAGAAGAAGAUGAG